UUCAUGCAGUGUUGCGCGGGCUACCCAAGCGCGUCUCGGGCCCAAGCGGGUGGCGACGCACGCGGUGUCCUGUGUCGCGACGGAGGCAAAAAGAACUCGUAAAACCCUACUCCGUCCGCAUCAAGAAAAAAGCCGUUGAAAGAAGAAGAAAACAAGAAGGAAAAAAAGGGUAGAAAUCUUCUUUCGAUCUCAUUCUCGAGUCUCUGUUCGAUCGAAUUCGAGAUAAGAAAUUCAUCGGAAUGGUUUACAUCGAUUCGUGGGACGAAUUCGUGGAGAGAUCCGUACAGAUUUUCCGUUCGGAUCCCCAAUCGACGAGGUAUGUGAUGAAAUACAGGCAUUGCGACGGGAAGCUGGUUCUGAAGGUCACUGACAAUCGAGAGUGCCUUAAGUUUAAAACAGACCAGGCACAGGAUGCGAAGAAGAUGGAGAAGCUCAAUAACAUCUUCUUCACCCUCAUGACUCGGGGUCCUGAUGCCGAUGUUACGGAAGUAUCAGGGAAGGAACAGGCAGAGCCCCAGCCAUCAAAAAAAGGGAGGGGGAGGAGACAGUAACACUUCGGAUACCGGAAUUAUUUUGGUUUUUGUGUCGGUUAAUGAAAGGAUUGGAGAGAUGGUUAUUGGUUUUUUGUUGGUUACUCGCUGUCCUUUUUAGCUUAGUUUAAUGAAAGGAAUUUUCAUAUAAACAAAGAUCAAAAGUUCUUUUGGACCAAUUUGCA